UCAAAGCUAAGCACAAUCACAUGUACAUGAAUAUGCAGAGGCAGAGAUUGGCUCAAUACAGUUGAGCAGAAGUUGCAGAAGAAGAAGGAGGAAUAGAAAUGGCGUCCCUCACCACUCAAGCUGCCAUGGGCGUGUCAUGCCCUUCGAUCUCCAAGCCUGGAUUUUUUACUGGCUCAUCACCAUCUCGCCUUAGCAGGAAACUUCGUCUCGGAUCUGCUUCCACACCCACCAAAUUUUCAUUCAAGGUGGAGGCCAAGAAGGGAGAAUGGCUUCCGGGUCUUACAUCUCCAACCUACCUUAAUGGCAGUCUACCAGGAGAUAAUGGGUUUGACCCCUUGGGACUGGGUGAAGACCCAAAUAGCUUGAAAUGGUAUGUGCAAGCAGAGCUAGUAAAUGGAAGAUGGGCAAUGCUAGGAGUGGCCGGUAUGUUGAUUCCUGAAGUGCUCACUUCCUUUGGGAUCCUCAAUGUGCCCAAGUGGUACGAUGCGGGAAAAGUGGAGUACUUUGCUUCUUCUUCCACCUUGUUUGUGAUAGAGUUCAUUUUGUUUCACUAUGUGGAGCUUAGAAGGUGGCAAGAUAUAAAAUAUCCAGGAAGCGUAAAUCAAGAUCCUAUUUUUAAGAGUUAUAGUCUUCCACCCAAUGAUGUGGGGUACCCUGGAGGCAUCUUUAACCCUUUGAACUUCUCUCCAAGCAUAGAGGCCAAGGAGAAAGAAAUCGCUAAUGGGAGGUUGGCAAUGCUAGCAUUCUUGGGAUUUGUAGUACAACACAAUGUAACGGGAAAGGGGCCAUUUGACAACCUCUUGCAACACCUGUCUGACCCAUGGCACAACACCAUUAUCCAGACUCUUCAAGGAAAUUGAGAUUGUUGCUACAAUGUAUAUUGAAUGUACUAUUUUGAACCUCUUCAUUUUCUAUGGAACUUGGUGUUGGGUAGAUA